ACUUCAGAAUAGCUGUUUCCUCUGGGCAAGGAAGGAAGAGGGCAAAAAUGUUAACAUUUAUUAAAUCUGGACAGUGGAUACAUAGUUAUUUAACAUAUGUGAUAUUCUCUGUAAUUUGUUGAUUGCUUAUUUGAAAUAGUUUCAUUUAAAAAAAAAAUUAGUCUGAGGCCAGGAUACGAAGGGAAUUGGAAGCUCUUCUCCUUUUUCCAAACACUCUUUGUCUUUAAAUUCUUUAUAGAUUCAGCUUCAUAGUCACUUUGCAUCUACACAUUGGUUUGUGCCCUGUCACCACCAGAUCAAGGAGGAAGAUUAAAUACUUUAAGAUGAGAAAAAUUGACCUGUGUUUGAGCUCUGAGGGGGCGGAAGUGAUUUUAGCUACAUCAAGUGAUGAAAAACACCCUCCUGAAAAUAUGAUUGAUGGGAAUCCAGAAACAUUUUGGACCACAACAGGAAUGUUUCCCCAAGAGUUCAUUAUUUGUUUUCACAAACAUGUAAGGAUUGAAAGACUUGUAAUCCAAAGUUACUUUGUGAGGACGUUGAGGAUUGAAAAGAGCACAUCUAAAGAGCCAGUGGAUUUUGAGCUAUGGAUUGAAAGAGAUCUAGUCCACACAGAGGGGCAGCUUCAAAAUGAAGAAGUUAUGGCCCGGGAUGGCCACGCCACCUACUUGAGAUUCAUUAUUAUGUCCGCCUUUGAUCAUUUUGCAUCCGUGCACAGCGUCUCUGCAGAGGGAAUGGCAGUCUCAAAUCUUUCUUAGUCGGUAUAACAAAAUACACUUGCAUGAUUUUUUAACAAUAUGUUUUAUUUAAACACAAAGUUGUCGAAGUUGUCGUUGAUACACUUUAUUAAAGGGAUUUGUAUCAA